AAGUCCAUGCUCUCAUCUGCUCCUGCUCGACUGCCUUCUAACAAAAAUAUUUUAAAGUCUAAUGGGCUUUAUACUUUACAAAGAACCUCCGCAUACAGUAUUUUAUCUUAGCUUCACAAUUCCUCAGUGUAGGCAGGAUGGGUACCGUUACCCCACUUAUAAAAUGAGGAAACGGGAAUUCAAGGCUCGAUCCAUCACAUCCUGUUGCUGGGUUAACGAGUGUCACUCAGCAGCCUUCCGCGUUAACCGCACCCUCAGCCCCCUUUGGUCCCACUUUUGUAUAACCUUCCUGCACUUUGCAGAAGUAGCCCAUAGGAUCCGCGCCAGUCUGGACAAGGCAGCUGCUCUUUCCGCCACAGGCGCCCUGGAACCUCGCGUCGGGGACCUUCCCAUCUGCCGUGACGCGAUCGGUGACACCACACAGUGACGUAUGGUGACGUGCUUACCCGGAGCCAGGUGCCGGCAGGGCAGCCACACCCUGGGGCCCCCCAACUCAGGAGGGCGACGGGUCGGGCGGGUGGGGAAACGACGCAAAACCCGCCAAAGGCCACAUCCGAGCCCUAAACCCUCGGAUCCCGCCAGCCGCCGACCGGUUGCUAAGUGACGCCAGCGCGCAGAGGCGCGUGCGCGGCCACGGCGGUGUGCGUGAAGGCGGACGCGCGCCGCGGCGGCGGCGGCGGCGAGGACGGCGGCGACGGCAGCGGCCGAGGGGGCGGUGGCUAUAAGGGGGGUGCGGAGCAGGCGGAAGAGGCGUCCGUGCGGGCGGCUAGGUCGCAGAGAAACAUCGUUGGGAUCAGCGAAUAUCACCUGUUCUACAAGAUGAGUAACAGUCACCCUCUUCGCCCCUUUACUGCUGUGGGCGAAAUUGAUCAUGUGCACAUUUUGUCUGAACAUAUUGGUGCCUUGCUGAUAGGGGAAGAAUAUGGCGACGUCACAUUUGUUGUGGAAAAGAAACGCUUUCCUGCCCACAGGGUAAUUUUAGCAGCGAGGUGCCAAUAUUUUCGAGCGUUACUGUAUGGUGGGAUGCGAGAAUCUCAGCCCGAAGCAGAAAUCCCUCUUCAAGACACCACUGCAGAAGCAUUCACAAUGCUGCUAAAAUACAUCUACACUGGGCGGGCAACGCUGACAGAUGAGAAGGAGGAGGUGUUGCUGGACUUUCUGAGCCUAGCUCAUAAAUAUGGAUUUCCAGAGCUGGAGGACUCUACCUCUGAGUAUCUCUGCACCAUACUUAACAUUCAGAAUGUCUGCAUGACUUUUGAUGUUGCCAGCCUCUACUCACUUCCCAAGUUAACUUGCAUGUGCUGCUUGUUUAUGGACAGAAAUGCUCAGGAGGUGCUCUCAAGUGAAGGCUUCCUCUCCCUUUCUAAGACAGCACUUUUAAACAUCGUAUUAAGAGAUUCAUUUGCAGCUCCCGAAAAAGAUAUCUUCCUAGCCUUGUUAAAUUGGUGUAAGCACAAUUCAAAGGAGAAUCAUGCUGAAAUCAUGCAGGCUGUGCGUUUGCCUCUGAUGAGCCUCACUGAACUUCUGAAUGUUGUGAGGCCUUCAGGACUGUUGUCUCCUGAUGCCAUUCUGGAUGCUAUUAAAGUUCGAUCUGAGAGCCGGGAUAUGGACCUCAAUUACAGAGGCAUGCUCAUACCAGAAGAAAAUAUUGCAACUAUGAAGUAUGGAGCCCAGGUUGUAAAAGGGGAGCUGAAGUCUGCCUUAUUAGAUGGUGAUACUCAAAAUUAUGAUUUGGAUCAUGGAUUUUCUAGGCACCCAAUUGAUGAUGACUGCCGUUCUGGCAUUGAGAUUAAGCUAGGUCAGCCAUCUAUUAUCAAUCACAUACGGAUACUCCUGUGGGACCGAGAUAGCCGGUCUUACUCAUACUUCAUUGAAGUGUCAAUGGAUGAACUUGAUUGGAUCAGAGUGAUUGAUCAUUCGCAGUAUCUGUGUCGUUCUUGGCAGAAAUUAUAUUUUCCAGCCCGUGUCUGCAGGUAUAUUCGAAUAGUUGGGACUCACAACACAGUGAACAAGAUUUUUCACAUUGUGGCUUUUGAAUGUAUGUUUACAAACAAAACCUUCACUCUUGAGAAGGGGCUGAUAGUUCCCAUGGAGAAUGUUGCAACAAUUGCUGAUUGUGCCAGUGUGAUUGAAGGAGUCAGCCGGAGCCGAAAUGCCUUGCUGAAUGGGGACACCAAGAAUUAUGAUUGGGACUCUGGCUAUACGUGUCAUCAGCUAGGAAGUGGUGCAAUUGUGGUUCAACUGGCACAGCCGUACAUGAUCGGGUCAAUACGGUUAUUACUUUGGGACUGUGAUGAUCGAAGCUAUAGCUACUACGUUGAGGUUUCCACCAACCAGCAACAAUGGACCAUGGUGGCCGACAGAACUAAAGUCUCUUGCAAGUCCUGGCAAUCUGUAACUUUUGAAAGACAGCCUGCCUCCUUCAUCCGAAUCGUGGGAACACACAACACAGCAAAUGAGGUGUUCCACUGUGUCCACUUUGAGUGUCCAGAGCAGCAGAGCAGCCAGAAGGAGGACAACAGUGAGGAGUCGGGGACGGGGGACCCCAGCCUGGUGGGGCCGCCGCUCGACCCCCACGCCCUGCAGGCCCCCGGUGGCAGCUCACUGCCUUCCAGCCCAGGCUCCGUCUCCCGCUCUCCCAACCGGCAGCACCAGUAACCGGGGCACAGAUGUGGAGUGAUGUGGGUGGGCCCCAGGGGCAGCGGCAAGAACCGGUGUCCUCCCAGGAGGGAUCUCUGUGGACUGCCCCUCUCCCCCUCUGGGGAGGAGCAGACCUGGCUGCAAAAAUGGACACAGAACAGGCUUUCUCCCAAGGACAGAAAGGGGCUGCUUUGUUCUCCUCAAUUUGUUCAAAUCAGGCUGGUCUCAAGGGGGAGAAAAUGGGUCUUCAAUCUUCAUCAAGCCCACCAUUAACACCCUACCUCUCUAAUCUAACCCGGGCAAAGGGGACAGGAGGAAGCGGUAGACAGGCCCGUGUCAGAAUACAGCAAUGGCCCGCCAGCACUCAAGCGGAGGAGAAUAUGUUAGGCCUUUAUUACCUGGAGGCUCCCUGUAGGAAAUGGGUUUCUGUAGAGUGUUUACUUUCAUGGAACACAUCGCCCUGACAACUAAAUGAUUUUUUAUUUCUUAGUUAGCAUCCACUUGCUGAAUCAUAGGUGUUCCAGUUCUUUUUGAAAUGCUCAAACAGCAAAUCACUUGUUUUAAUCCCUUUUGAUGCUGUAAUUUUCUUUCCUUGGUUUUGAACGGUUAAGCCUGGGGUGAAGCAGAGAUACUGUGCACACGGCCUGUGCGAGGCUGAGACUCGGCUCAUCACGGCACCCGGUCUGACCAGGAAAAUCCUUUGAGGAAGUUCAAGAAAACACACACCAAAUCAGUGCGAGGACACUGGAGUUAAUGGUCACUCGAGUUCCUGAGUGACUCACCUGUCAUUCCUGAAACGUACCUCGCCUCUAAGCUUGGGAGGCUGACAAGGAACUAGUUCUUAUGCCACCCGCUAAUUUAAUGUUCACACGUAUGUAAAUGUAUAUAUAUAAGUCUGUAGCGGCUUCCAGUUGGGUGGAACCCUCCCUCCAGUCACCACAGGUUAGCUGAGCCUGGGGGAGGGCAGUCCUCCUGCCCGUCGGUGUCUGGAACACAAAACUGGGCCUUUGCAGUUCGGGGGUUGCUGUGUUUCACCUCCAGACCACACGAUUCAACUGGGGAUUGGAAGGAAAAGCCGUUCUAAGAAGCUUUUCUCCUCAUCCUCCUCGAGACCAUCUUCUCUGACUGCCGUCGCUUCAUCUGGCUCUGUCAUGUCUCUCACUCAGUAAUUUCCAGUCUAGCACUAACUACCCCGUGGAACUUGAUCAGACUGCCUUUUGAUUUUCACUCAUCUCCGGAGCUCACCCGAGGGCUCUGUCACACUCAACUCCACGGGAAGCUCGGUCAGGCUGGGCACCGUGGUCCUCUGGUCCCCCAGAUGCACACCCAGGUCCUCUGCACACCCUGUGACCCCACUUGGAGGAAGAUGGGCUUUCAUGGGGGCUCUUCUCUGGUGUCUGAAAGGUAUCUGUUGUGGGCGUACACAGAACCACUGGCCUGACUAAAUGCUUUCCCCAGUA